AUGCUCGCAGCUUUGUUGAGCCCUGAGACGUUGAAGGCGUGCGCGCCCUACGUUGUGACCUCUCUUUUGGUGUUGACGAUUUUCGUUGUCCUCCCUCAGAAACUUCUGCCAAAACCUUACCCCGGGAUUCCUCUGGUUGGUAUGAAAGAAGGUCCGCAUGGAAAGAAAGAGCUGAAAGAUGGAGUCAUGCGAUAUCUGAAAGAUACCAAAGCUCUGUUCCGUGAGGGCAAGUCACUGGGGAAAGCAUAUCAGAUCAUGACAGCGACCGGGUUCAAGAUCGUGAUGCCCCCCAAAUAUCUCAAUGAAAUUCGUGAUAACCCCAACUUGGACUUUGGUGGCUUUAUCCAGCACGACUUUUUUGCUCAUCUUCCGGGUUUUGGCGCUUUCAAUGCUGGUAUCAACAAUACUAUCAUUCAGGAGACUCUUAAGACAAAGCUGACUGGCUCACUGGCUCGAAUCACCGACUUUAUGUCCGAUGAGAUGACAGUAGUUUGCAGAACACAACUCCCGCAAGUUAAAGAGUGGACUGAGAUCCAGUUCCACAAAAUCAGUCUAGCUUCAGUGGCUGAAGUGUCAGCCCGAGUGUUUCUGGGUGAAGAUGUAUGCCGCAAUCCAACAUGGCUGAAGCUCUCAAUAGAUUACACAAUGGAUGUGGUUCUCGCAGCUCGUGCUCUCAGAAUGUGGCCUCGAUUCCUCGUGCCAGUGGUUCACUGGUUCCUCCCAGAAACUCGCAAAGUCCGACAGCAGGUGGAGGUCGCCCGAUCGAUCAUCCAGCCAGAGAUCGAUGCCAGACGAAAGGUCAGAGCCGCUCAAGAAGCUCAGGGACUGGAUACUUCCAAAAAGAUCGACUCUCUUCAGUGGAUGGAGGAUACCUCCAAGGAACGUCCUUUCAACAUCGUUUUCGGUCAACUGUUACUUACGUUUGCUUCGAUCCACACUACAUCCAAUUUGCUUCAGAACGUGAUGUACGACCUUAUUGCAAAUCCAGAGUAUAUUGAUCUUCUUCGUCAGGAGAUUAUCGAGGUACUGAAGGACCAGUCAGACGGCUGGCAAAAGACAUCUCUUCAUUCUUUGAAGAUGAUGGACAGUGUCUUUAAAGAGAGCCAAAGACUGAAUAUUUAUUUGCUCUGA